AGUCAGAUGACAGGCACUGAUCCAGAUGUGAGCGCUUCACAAUUUGCUUCAAAAACUAAAAUGAAGGGUGUUUUCUCAUUCAUUUUAAACUGUCAUGGCUAAGCUUGUUAGAUCAUCAAGGCUUCUUUCCAUCGUGUGGAUCAUUUUCAUUUCGUCUCUAGUUCAAGCGCUUUUCGUCCAAGCAUCCCUGUGGCUCAACUUGUGGUCUGAUGCACAACAGGAACAGUUCAACUGCACAACUUUUGACUCCGAUUCGUGUGAAAGGUGUCAACCAGGAACAGCUUCUAACCAAAGUACCCGGGACUGUGUUUGUUGUGCCAAGGCCCAGUUGCACGGGGAGUGUGCUGACGCUGGCUGCUAUGAGUGUGCCAGGGGUACAUAUCAGCCUGAUGAGGGACAGACAGCCUGCAAGUUAUGCCCAGAGGGACACUACGCAGAUGAAGACGGAAGCCAGGCAUGCAAGAAGUGUAGUCUCGGAUAUUAUUCAAACAUAACCGGUGCGCCCGGCUGCAAACCGUGCAAGCCCGGCACCUUUGCCAACAUGACCGGGUUCCCGUUUUGCAUCGAGUGUCCGAAAGGCCAGAGCCAGAACGGCAGCGCACAGUCAAGUUGUGUGGCUUGCCAACCGGGCCACUUCGCCAACAUAACCAAGCUGACCACUUGCUUCACCUGCGCACCGGGAUCUUACUCCAACGUGAGCGGGGCCUUCAACUGCACCAAGUGUCGGGCCGGGCACUUCCAGCCCGACGAGGGACAGGACAGCUGUGAGGCCUGCGACGCUGGCACCGAAGCAAAGAAAGUUGGCAGCACCAAAUGCACCGACUGCCCAGAAGGUUUCUUUGCCAACGUAACCGGAACAAAGGAUUGCCUGCCUUGUGCACCUGGUUCUGCAUCGGACGAGACAGGAACGGUGAAUUGUUCCCUGUGUCAACCGGGCAUGUACCAAUCAUUAGCGGGGCAUGCAGACUGUCUGCCGUGUACCGCGGGGUCAUUCUGUAACAAGACUGGAUGUUCCAGUUGCUUCAACUGCCCGGCCGGUCGCGAAUCCCGUCACGCCAAGGCAACAAAAUGCACCCCUUGUGAAUCGGGCAAAUAUAAGCCUGUUGCCAGUAGUGACCAGUGCACCGAAUGCAGAGAUGGGUGGUACCAGAAUAAGACGGGCCAGUCAACGUGCAUCGAGUGCCCGGCUGGCUACUACUGCCCCUGCAAAUAUUGCGACCCGGUACCUUGCCCCAAAGACGCCUACUGUCCAAAAGGGAGCAUGACACCCAAGAUCGUGACCUGCUUGCCACUCUUCUACGAAACUGCAAAGAAAGACUGCAAACCUGAAUCAUCCCUCUACGUUGUUUUGGGACUGGCAGUAAUAGUUGUCGUCUUUACACUGACUUGUGUCGUCCACCGCUGCAUACGCGUCCGCUCUCGCCCCAACCUGGAAGUGGAAGAAUCGCUGUUGUCUAACUCAUCGAAAGAUGGGGCCCCGGUAUACGAAGGAUUAUAGGGGGCGCUGUUGUGAUAGUGUUAGUUUUUAUACGUCAGGAGGGCAAAAGGAUUACAGCAAGUAAGACACCAGGUGUUUUUGUUGGAGUACUGAAGCCUGUUGAUAGCAUGGUUUGAGGGUGGAUAGGGUUGGAUAGUCGACUAGUUCCCGAGGCAAAACUAGUUUGUCAAUUCCGAGGGGAGCUAAUAUGGACUAUCCACCCUCAAACCUUGGUAUAUUUGUUUUACUAUACCUCAUACAUAUUUAGUUGCCAAAUUUCCUGAUGCAGUAUGCUUCUCGCGGGCAUAAAAUCUUUGGAGAACCUUGUCCAGCUCACCAGAAGAAUAUUAUUGCUCAACCUCAAAAAAAUUCAGUUCUUUUGCAAGACCGUAACUUCUAAGAGUUUUUACUGCAUUGUGGACAAUUUUUUUUCAUAGGGGAGGCAUCUUUAUUUGUCCACAAUAUUCUCCAGUUCGGCAUCAUUGAGCUCGGGAAAACAGUAAUUAACAUGUACGUGUGCCGCCAUCUUUUCAUGUGUAGCGCGUGCGUACUACACCCGUGCGACAGUUCCACGAUUGCUUGAAAUGCAUGCGUAGUAGACUGUGGCACGGGUUACCAGCGUGACAAUCUACUACGCAUGUGUAUUUACCCUGUGCGUGAAUGCGCGCGCGCACUUGGUAAACAGCAAAAAUAGCAUCUGGCAUGUGAUAGUGAGUGGACCAGUGAGAAUUCGGCUCUCGAUCAUGAAUAUGUAUGAGGUAUAGUAAUAUGCUAUUUAGCCUUUAGGUACACGUACCUGGCUCCAUUUCAUCCAUUUUUUACAUGAAAAUUACUCUAUCAAUUCUUGUUGAAAUACCAUUGGGUAAAAACUAAAACUUAAAUAAGAGACUAAAAUGUCUUUUGGGACACACAAUUUUGUUUAAUAAACUUGAAGGACUUAUUCUAAUUUACAAACAAAUAUUAAAUAACCGUUGAUAAGAACUGUAUUCAAGCAUGGUUCGAGCAAGCCCGACUAAAUCGAGAUUCCAUCAGAUGUAAGUAGGUAAAUCUUCGCGUCGUUAGCAUUUUUGUUCUCAUGCAAGUACGUGGUGUGAUAACAAACGUGAUCGAACAAGGAGACCUAGGUACGGAAAAUCCGGAUGUGAAAGGUCGUAAGUAAAGUUUGUUUUUACCCAUCUCCAAGUGAUUUCUCAUCAUUUUUUUUCUCGUGGAAUGCCAAGAUAGAAUUCCGACAUUAAUUUUUCGCUGGGGUGAUUAUGGUUGGGAAUCAUUCUGUCAAAAAUUAUAGCAAGAGAAAAGGCAACCCCGUGUAAAAUGGCCAUAGAAGAGUCGCGUAGGAGUCCGGAAGCUCAAAGACAAAAUGGCGUACUUUCAGGCUCUAUUGACACUGUGUUCUCGACAGUCUUCACCUUUAUACUGCUUAAAAACCUUCAUGUAUUAGUAUUACCUCUGCCAAGGAGGUUAUGUUUUCAUUAGUUAUGGACGGAUUUUCAUGAAAUUUUGUUUUUAGGGGUGGUCCUUGUUACAAGGACAAAUUUAUUAAAUUUUGGAAGUGAUCCGGAUCUGGGUCUGGAUGCAGGAUUGUUUUUAAGGAUUCUUGUGCGAAUGUGCUAUGUUUAGAUACCAUGAACCUGUGUACAACUGAGCAGCUUUGUGUGCGUGCACUGACCCGGUGAACCCGCAUGCCUUAUCACCGACUUAAUCUAACCACACAGGUCAAUGGACUAGACCAUUUGAUGCAACGGGGGAGUGGAGAGGUAGACCGACACAGGCAUAUACAUGUAGACUACAAAAUGUUUGAGUUUAAGGAUUUGUUUUAUUGAAUAACUAACACUGCCUUGCACGAUAUAAAGCGGCCAACAAUUUGGAAUAUGAGCAGUCCUGUUGACAUAUUCAAUUCGCAAUUAAAUAAGGGAGUCUCGUGGAUAUGCGAGUGUUUCUUUUGGGUGUGCUGACAAUGUGGCGGGUAAUCGUUCAACCUUGGCAGAGGUUUGCGCUCUCUGAGUGCUUUCUAAUAUUAACUUUAUAUAUCCACAGAUUCAACUAAAAGCUGUUUCCAAGGGGCAUUGCUAAAAUAACAAACGGAACAAAAGUAAUUGAUACUACUAAUACUCUGUACACUCAUUAGAGGGAAUGCUAAAUGUACAUGAAUUUUAACUGCCUCAGAUUUAAAUGUCUUUUCAUUAUAAGUGAUUUUUUUUACCAUUUUUUUUUCAAGUAUUAUUUCAAUUUUCAUAUAUUUGUUGAUAAGCAUUUUGCUAUUAGCAUAUUACAUUUUAUUACGUUAGUGAAAAUUUAUCGUCUCAAUUCAAAUGAAAACUGUCAGAAAAAAAACAGAAAAAAACAGAAAAAAAUAACAUUUAGAGGAUAUUAAUAUUAAUAUCAGUACUAUAUACGUAUGCAUCAUUUUACUUUUUGAGAAUAAGGAAUUUUAUCGUCAGACAAAAGGCUGAGGACAAUGAUUCAUUUUUUUUUUUCAGUUUGUAAAUGUUUUUGUGAAUGUCUUUCAGAAAUAAUGUAUAAAAUGCAAAAACUAUUUCUUGAAUUGCUGAGUAUUUUAUGUAUAAAAUUGGGGUUUUUUUUAAUUUUUUUAUAUUUUACUGAAUGCACUGAUUCCAGUCAAAGAU